GAAUCAUCAGUUGGAGAAGGAGAUGGGCGGAGCCAGCCUGGUUGAUGAGGAAGGAAAGGCGGAGCCUAAAGAAAGUCUUUUACAACAACACUGCGGCUGGUUUGCACGCAACCUUCUGCUUGCCCUCACCAUUCUGGGUGUAAUAGGAGGCUCAGUGCUGGGCCUGCUCUUGCGUUAUGUUCCUGAUCUGGACUCAGACGCUUUGAUGCUGGUCUCCUUCCCUGGAGACAUCCUCAUGAGGAUGCUGAAGAUGCUCAUCCUCCCCCUCAUCAUCUCCAGUCUCAUCACAGGUCUGGCAGGACUGGAUGCUCGCUCCAGUGGGAGGAUGGGUACCAGGGCCAUGGUGUACUACAUGUCCACCACCAUCAUCGCGGCUGUGCUGGGGGUCAUCCUGGUGCUCGGGAUUCACCCGGGAAACCCCAAACUCAGGAGCAUUCAAGCCAGCGCUGGACCCAACAACCACGAGGUCAGCAGCCUGGACGCUUUUCUGGACCUGAUCCGAAACCUAUUCCCUGAGAACCUGGUCCAGGCCUGCUUUCAACAGGUUCAGACGGUGGUGAAGAAAGUAUCCGUGCCCGUCAGCAACCAGAGCGAGCCUGUUUCUGUCAACAGGAAGAAGCUGGAGUUCAAGUGGGGGAUGAACGUUCUGGGUUUGAUCGGCUUCUUCAUCACUUUCGGGAUCUGCAUGGGAAAAAUGGGCGAGAGGGGAAAGAUCAUGUCCGAGUUCUUCAACAUCCUCAAUGAGAUCAUCAUGAAGAUGGUGUCCAUGAUCAUGUGGUACUCUCCACUCGGCAUCGCCUCUCUGAUCUGUGGAAAGAUCGCCGCCAUCGGUGACCUGGAGGCCGUGGCCCAGCAGCUCGGCAUGUACAUGGUGACGGUGAUUGUUGGCCUCAUUAUCCACGGUGGAAUCAUUCUGCCCAUCAUAUUCUUCUCUGUGACACGGAAAAACCCAUUCAACUUUUAUUCCGGGAUCUUCCAGGCCUGGAUCACGGCACUCGGAACAGCCAGCAGCGCUGGCACGUUGCCCGUUACCUUCCGCUGUCUGGAGGAGAACCUGAAGAUCGACAAGCGGGUCACCCGGUUUGUGUUGCCCAUCGGCGCCACCAUAAACAUGGAUGGCACGGCGCUUUACGAGGCUGUGGCGGCUAUUUUCAUCGCCCAGAUGAACGGCAUUGAGCUGGACGGAGGACAGAUUGCCACCGUGAGUAUGACGGCCACUCUGGCGAGUGUAGGAGCUGCCAGUAUUCCCAGCGCUGGUCUGGUCACCAUGCUGCUCAUCCUCACCGCAGUGGGUCUCCCGACACAGGACAUCAGCCUGCUGGUGGCCGUCGACUGGCUGCUUGACAGAAUGCGAACCUCCAUCAACGUGGUGGGCGAUUCCUUCGGAGCAGGUAUCGUCGACUUCCUGUCUAGGGCGGAGCUUUCUCAGAUCGACGCAGACAUUCCGCUAUCAGACGAGGAGUUUGUCCCCCCUCCCCCCAUCCUUACUGAUAUAGACCUGAUUGACCCUCUCUGCCCCCCAGAACUGCCCCCUCGCUUCCCCCGGCCCCCCAAACUCAACCACCACCAGCAGCAGCACCACCACCACCACCACUACCACCCUCCUGCGUCUCUGAGCCACUCUCGCUCUCUCUCUACUCGCUCUGCUCGCUCUCCGUCCCCUCGCUCCGUCCACUCGCCCUCGCCUCUGUCCGUGUGUUCACACUCUCCUCGUCCUCACCGCACACACUCGCCCCGCCUCCUGAACCGCCGCUCCGACCACGGCUACUGCGCUCUGCCCUCGCAUGACCACCAGGUGUCCACGCUGCCGCGAGACUACAGGGAGAGACACCGAGAGCGAGAGAGGGGCAGUGAGAAGCUGCGUAGACGAGAGAAAGGCCGAGAGAGCGAGACGGAGGAAGACGAAGAGAGAGAGAGGAUGAUGGAUGAGGCCAGUGAGGGAGAAGAAAGUGACGACACAGCCUACGACCGAAGUCACUCCAUCCCGCCCUGUGAGCUCCCCUGAGGGAGUCGCUCUGUCACUCCCACCAUCCGCCCCCUUUAGCACACUUUUACUACAGUUCCUAACGCUUUACAGCACCUGGUCACAGCAUUUAUCAAACUGUAUACAAACUAAUUUAUUCAGAAAUUGUUCACAGGAACGUUUACACAAGAAAUGCAGUCUCAGUUUGGAAAAAUGUUCAUAUCUUAUGUUUCACUCCUGAGUUUGUGUAUAUUUACGUAUAAGGAGAGCCACUAAUUUACUCAUUUUGAUUGGCUUUGAAAUAUAUAAUUGUCGAUGAGUUACUGCGUUUUUAUAAACCAUAUAAUUGUUUACACACCCAUUUAAUGAACCAUUUCUGAAACGCAGUAGUUUCAUAUUAAGAUUCAAGAUUCAAGAGUUUCUUGUCAUGUGUACAGGAAACAGUCUGUUACACCAUACAGUGAAAUUCUUACUCUGUGAAUCCUCCAGCAGCCUAUGACAUAAAUUAAGGACAUAGGAAAAUAAUACAUGAAGCAUAAAUGACAAAUUUACAAUUACAAAAUUACUAAUAGUGCAAAAAUGCAGGAGACAAAAAUAAUUGCAUGUAUAAAGUGUACUGUGUGCAACGUAACAAAGAAGACAUGCAUGUGCAAAGUCCUAUACAUGUGUAUUGCUUGGAGGAUGUAUGUGUGUGUGCGCAAAGUAUGCAGAGAUAGUCUGUAGUCCCUGAUGUUGUUUGCAUUGAGGUGUGUGUGUGUGUGUGUGUGUGUGUGUGUGUGUGUGUAGGAAGGUUGGGGUAGUCUUUGUAGUGAAGGGGGGAGAGGCAGCAGAUGGGUGUCAUUCACAAGCCUGAUGGCUUGUGGGUAAAAACUGUUAUUAAAGACCUGAAACAAAACAAAUCCGUAAAUGAAGACAAAUGAGACUAGCCGUUCAAUCAGGACAAAAGUAAUGGCGCCAUAUAAAAGGAGCAAUGCUGCAAUGGCUGAGCUGCAUUACUGGAAGAUUUAGCACAAACUACACUUAGUAGGCUCUCUUUCACCAUUUUGUCCUUUUUUUUAAAGCUCUCUGUGAGCUUUUAUGGAGUUUUGUGGGUGUGGCUAAAUGUAAAGGUGCUGUGAAUGUGCUUUGGGGAUUUUACGGCUGAUUGGCGUUGAUUAACAUACACACAUGAGGACAGAGAAAAUCAGUGAAACUUUUGUAAAUGUGGCAGGGAUUAUUAGUCCGGUUUGACGGAAAACAUUUACACACAACUUUAUACAAGUGAUAACUGAGGCCCAGUUUUUGAGGUGUACAGUAAACAUACUGUACAGUAUAUGCUAAAGAUUAGAAAAUGUUAUAAUGUGUUAACAUGCCAUUCAGUUCAGUGUGUUUUAGCAUUUGCUUUUAAUUUUAAAAAUUAAAUCUAAAUUUAAAAACUUAGGCUAAAGCUUCAUUCUAUGUAACAUACUGACUUUAAUUAAUUAAUUAUACGUGAAAUUUUAUAACUUUUGAAGAGUGAUACACUUUUAUUAUGAUACAUUUAUGUUAUAGGUGGAAACGUUUAUUCAAAUGACUUAAAAAUGAUAAGUUAAGACAAAUCCAAUCCAAGCACAAUCCAAGUUUAUUUCAUUUUCAUAUUUUAUUUUAUUUCCUUUUAACUUUUUUUGUUUUGUUUUCAUUAAUCAUAACUCUGAUGAGCUCAGAACUUACUGUUAGACUAUUGCACCUUCUUUAUUUCUUUCAUUCUUUCUGUCUCGAUUUGUUGAUUGAUUGAUUGGUUGUAUAUUUAUUUAUUUAUUUAUGUAUUUAUUUAUUUAAUUUAGUUAGUUAGUUAGUUAGUUAUCUAUCAUUAUAGAUUGCAUUAUGUGGUGUAUGCUAAUUUUUUGUUGUGUUUAUUCACAAUUUCUCUGUUGUCCAGUGUCAUUAUGAGCGUUUGUUGUGGUGUGAUAGCUCUCUCGGGUCUCUCGGGUCUCUCUGUCUCGGGUCUCUCUGUCUCUCUAAAAUGCCUUUUGUUCCCCGUCCCUUUUCAGAUCAAGUGUAAAGUGUAAAGUAAUAAAAUCUCAGCAAAUCUUUUCAUUUCCUCUUCAUCUGCAAGUCACUGUUUGCUUUUUCUUAUCCUCUGCAUGGAUGUAAAAAUGUUCUGGUUGUGGUUUCUGUCCUGUGUGAGUUUUGUUUUAACACUGAGGUGUUGUUAGGACCUUUGACACUUUAAUAAUAACUCCUGGAUGAAGGAAUGGCUGAACACUGAGACAUCAUCACGCUUAAUCUGCUUUAAGACAGAAAGACAUCUGAAGAAUGAAGAGAGAGAGAGAGAGAGAGAGAGAGAGAGGGAGGGAAUGAUGAAGAGGAAAGAGACAGAUGGCCAUAAAGAUGUCAGUCUCUGUGAUUCUUCUCUCACAGCCGUUAGAGAUGACGUUAGAGAUCAGAGGACGUCAGAGAGGACAGAAGAGGACAAAAGCUUAAGUAAGAUGUCGAAUGAGAACUGACGUGCCUUCAGUAGUCACUUUAAAGCGAUGGAUAUAAAUAUAACAUGGAUAUUGGUUGGCCAUGGUCACAGAUGUUUCCAGCGGUUACCAGCCUUUUAGCUAUAGACCCCACUGGUGUUUGUAUACAAACCUGGCUGCAAAAAGACCCGAGUAGCCGCAUGUAGCUGACUGAAGAAUCUCUGGAGAAUUUUAUUUAGGAAUUAGAUUGACAUUAGCUAAAAUGUUCUCCAUGUUUUAUUAUGGAUUAGCACUAAAAGACAGGAGUGCUAUCAGCUAAGCUAACACUCUCAGAUGGCGUAACUCUAGAGGUUUGUUGGGAAUUUGCACGGUAGACCAGGAGACUUGGAAGUAUCUUCAGCAGGAUUCUUUAUUGCUAUGAGCGCAUCAGUCUACAGCAUAUGCCAGCGAUUAUGCUGUUUCGCACUGUAGUCCUCAAGUCUAACUAAGGAAGACAUACAUUGUAAUUUUAUAGGCAUUCAAUGGGCUGUCUUUAGAGGUGUUACAAAGGAAGUGCGAAGCUACAGGAGCCUGCGGAGAGUUUCACCAGGUCUAAUCCAGUUAAUAUAGCUAUAUCCACACCUGGGGUACCGCAUUCACAUGUGACUCAGGCAGUGAUGUAAAGUCUCUGUUUGACCUAACUAUUCCACAUGAAUGCACACAAGCAAUGUAUAUCACUCUGAUGAUUUGGGAUAAACAGAGGAUCUUAAAGUGACCCUAAAUUGUGCAUUCCCACAGGUUCCUUAUGGUCUGGCAUCCUGUCAGUGGCUAAAACAUGCUAAUCAGUGGUGUAGCCUGCAAUGACCGGACAUACUGUAUAUACACAUCUCAUAGAAACUCUGAGCUUUUAUACUAGAGAGGAAUUGAUGCUUACAACGUUGUGGGCACGUUUAAGACGUAAUGUUUUACGACUGGAACACUGAGGAUGUCGUCGUGGCACCGAAAGCCGAGGUGCUGCCCAGCUGGAUGCAUUAAACAAAUUUAGCUAAACGCAUCCAUUAUAGUCUGCUCCUCAGUAAGAAUGUGAUCUAGCUAUCUAGUGUUAUCUAGUGAUGUAGAUUACAGGUGAGCUACGUAGGGUUUUUUAGCUAUAAAUUAGACUAACUAGCAAGCUAAGCUUGAUAAAUAGUAUUCGGGAAAAAACAACGGUGUUUUGAACACUUUUCCGGUUCUUACAGCCAAUUAUCUCCAUCAGUUCUGCUUCCUCUUUUCCUCUUUUUCUCAUUUACUCUUUCUUUUCUGGCUUCCAGACGGGUAAGUUCUCCUCAUUCUGAUACGCGCGACAAUUCAAAAUAAACGUGCACAUGCUAGAGGAGUCGCCUGUCCUUUUGUGUAGUUUCUACUUUGAUUGGAUGAUGUGUGUAUCUACUUUUACUUCUCUUCCAGAGUCAUUCUGGGGAAAAGACAUUUUUUCGAAAAGGCGUUUUUGUUUUGCGCUCGUUACACCUGCGACUAUGUUUCACAUGCGUCUUCUCAAUCUCUCCUGAUGACGUGUCAUGGAUGUGUGCAAAAAUUACCCAGAUCUAGACCUGACUGUCAUGGCUGUCGCUGAUUGGUUGCAUGAAUCUACAGUCGGGGCCAAAAAGAAAUCAGCCGCAGCCUCGCUUCUCACUUCUAAACACCAUUCUGUGUGUUUUUAUUACGACCUUCUGAUUAAACAAUAAUCCAAUUUAAGACAUUAGGACAGAAACUAAUUUUAGAAAAUUGUGAGGGGAAGAAUGUGAGGAAUAAGAUUAGAUGAAAAUUUUAAAAAUAUUGAAAUAUUAUGGAUAUAUUACAGAAUAUAUCACCUAAUAAUGAAUCAUUUAUUAAAUAAUAAUAAAGGUUGGGGGCAAUUAUUUUAAAGUAAAUCACAUAUUUAUUGCUAAACAGUUUUUUUUAUUUAAAUACAAUUAUAAAAUCAUUUCCAGUGCUCACUAAUUCUUAUCUGGUUACUUAUUAAAUCCAUUUUAAUUAUAAUAAUAACGAUUCUUGAUUACAUUAAAUUAUUUCUGGGGGAAAAGGGACUAUUUUUAUUUCUUACUCAGGGCUACAAAUCAAAGGUUGUGACAUCUGAUUAUUUGAAACUUGCUUAUUUGAUAGCAGCGUGUAUCUUUAAGUUUAGAGAUUUUUAAAAAAAAUUUUUUAUACAUAAAAACUUUUCUAACUAAUAAAACACCACAAAAUUCCUGAUAAAACCUUAUCAGUCACUAGCAGUAGAUUUCUGUAUUUACUGUGACCACAGCGCCUCCUGUAGGUAGCUUUAGGACACUGCAUGCUCCUGAGAAUCUCUUUCACAAGCAAACUAACCUUAAGAUGAUGUUUUAUUCCCUUCUGAUUGGUCAGAAGGUGUUGAUUAAUUCUCUAUAACAGCAGCUCUGACAGUAGUGCAGCUGCAAAUCACAGGUUUAUAUUAAUGCGCUUGUUCUAAUACGUUAUCGGUUCAGUAGUAACAGCUCAUUCACAGGGACGUGUACGCUAAAGGUGUGUAAUCAUUGAUCUGUUUAUUUAACUUUUAUGGAAGGAGUCUCCAGUGUCAGCGCUUUGUAAGGACAUCUUUCCGACAUCUUAUCAACUUCCGUUGUUU